AUGGGUACUACUGGUGGUGGUGGUCUAGUGUCUCAGAAAUGGCUUUGCUUGCUUCUUCUUCUCUUCAGCGUCGUCCUCCACUUGAGUUCCCUUACUCUCGGAGAUGAUGACAGUAGGGUACAAAAAGAGAGGUUUGGCGGCGGGGACUAUGGCUGUGGAUUUGGGGGUCGAAGGGGCUGUGGUGGGGGCCGCUUUGGUAGGGGUAGGGGUGGCGGUUUUGGCGGAGGGGCUGGGGGUGGUGUUGGAGGAGGAGGGGGGUUUGGUGGUGGUGGCGGCGGUGGCGUUGGUGGUGGGUCCGGUCAUGGGGGCGGCUUUGGAGCAGGGGGAGGUGUAGGUGGGGGUGCAGGAGGAGGUAUUGGUGCUGCUGGUGGCGGCGGAGGUGGCGGCGGCGGAGGAGGAGGAGGAGGCGUUGGGGGUGGCUCAGGUCAUGGUGGAGGAUUUGGAGCUGGGGGUGGGGUAGGCGGUGGUGGUGUUGGAGGAGGUGCAGGUGGAGGAGGCGGAGGCGGCGGCGGCGGGGGUGGUGUCGGAGGAGGAUCAGGACAUGGGGGUGGAUUCGGUGCUGGGGGAGGCGUGGGAGGGGGAGCAAGUGGAGGUGUUGGAGGGGGAGGAGGAUUUGGGGGAGGCGGUGGUGGGGGUACAGGGGGUGGAUCAGGUCAUGGUGGUGGUUUCGGCAUGGGUGGAGGCGUGGGUGGAGGCGGAGGAGGUCUGGGAGGUGGAGCCGGAGAAGGAGGGGGUGGGCGUGGUGGUGGGUUUGGGAUAGGCAUUGGUGUUGGAGUUGGAGUUGGAAUUGGGGCUGGGGCUGGGCAUGGAACAGGCACCGGAAGCGGGGGUGGAGCCGGCGGAGGCGGGCAUUAA